GGUGCCGUGAACGUCUCACAAAGAUAAACAGGUCCCGCGUGCGCAGCUUUUAGUCGCAUUAGCUUCUUUAAACUGUCCAAAUGUGCAGCUGAUUGACCGGUCAAAUCAACUUUUGUCUAAUGGUUUAAACACACUUCAGGCUGGUGUGGUCUGGUCUCAGAGGAGGAUGGUAUCGUACAAGCGCCUUGACCCCGAGCACGUGCGCUUCUCCGGUGGGGCCUUCAGUGAUGAGAGGCCCCCAGUCUACGAGGAGACCGCCGUCCCAGAGCCUGAGGAGGUCCCUCUGAUGCGCUGGACCCCCCGUUGCUCGGUCACUAGAAGCCUGCUGGUGAUUGGCUGUUUGCUGCUGCUCCUGUUGGGGGGCUGGCUCCUUGGAACCAGAUACUGGCUCUCCUCCUCCUCCUCUUUUCCCCACCUUCCCCCUGCUCCCGCUCCAGGCCGACCCUCUAACCCUAACUCCACUACCCACACCAGUGUCCCCGCUCCCCCCAGAGAAGCAUGUACUGUGAUCCCCGAGGCCUGGAGGUUUGACUGUUACCCAGAGAGAGGGGCUAUAGUGACCCAGGACAUGUGUGAGGCCCGGAAUUGCUGCUUUGUUCCUGGGCAUUCGGGACAGAAUGGGGUGCCCUGGUGCUUCUACCCCCCAGACUUCCCCUCAUACUCUCUGGUGUCUCAGCAGCCCACCCCUCUGGGACAGAAGGGCAUCCUGAAGAGGCAGCAGAAGACCUACUACCCAGAUGACAUCAUGACCCUGCAGCUGGAGGUGUUUGAAGAGACCAACACACGUUUACAUGUGAAGAUCACGGAUGCUUCCAGCCCCAGGUAUGAGGUCCCCAUAGAGGUCCCCACUGUCACCGAGAGGGCUCAGACUCCAGAGUAUGUGCUGCAGCUGUCCAAGGACCCCUUUGGAGUCAUCGUGAGCCGAAGGUCCACAGGAGCAGUUCUUCUGAACACCAGCGUGGCUCCUCUGUUCUACGCAGACCAGUUUUUGCAGUUGUCCAGCUCCCUGACCUCUCAGUACAUCUACGGCCUAGGCGAGCACCGGUCCUCCUUCCAGCACGACGUCCAGUGGAACACACUCACCAUGUGGGCCCGAGACGUGCCUCCUACGGAGAAGACUAACCUGUACGGCGUGCACCCAUUCUACCUGGGCCUGGAGGAGGGAGGACUGGCUCAUGGAUUCUUCUUGCUCAACUCCAACGCCAUGGAUGUGGUGCUGCAGCCUGCUCCGGCUCUCACCUGGAGGACCAUCGGAGGAGUGCUGGACUUUUACCUGUUCCUGGGCCCAGAGCCGGCCUCAGUGGUGCAGCAGUACUUGGAGGUUGUUGGACGUCCAGCUAUGCCCAUAUACUGGGCCUUGGGUUACCAUCUGUGCCGCUGGGGCUACAAAACCAGUAACACUACCUGGGAGGUGGUCAAGAACAUGAGGAACUAUGGUAUACCUCAGGACGUCCAGUGGAAUGACAUUGACUACAUGGAGAGCUUCCUGGACUUCACCUAUGACUCAGUGAACUUUGACACUCUGCCCGACAUGGUGAAGGACCUGCACGCCCACGACCAACGCUACGUCCUCAUACUGGACCCUGGCAUCAGCAGCACCCAGCCCCCGGGAGAGUACUGGCCGUACGACGAAGGCCUCAAGAGAGGAGUGUUCAUCAGAGACGCUGACGGGAAAACCCUCAUCGGAAAGGUGUGGCCUGGUCUGACGGCUUACCCAGACUUCUCUGAUGAGGCCACAAACGAGUGGUGGUUUGAAAACAUACAGCGCUUCUACAGGAGGGUCCCCUUUGACGGCCUGUGGAUCGACAUGAAUGAACCCUCCAACUUCCUGGAUGGCUCCACAAAUGGCUGCCCCAACAACAACAUAGAGAACCCUCCGUACACACCAGGUAUACUUGGAGGUCUGCUGCGCUCCAAAACAGUGUGCGCCAGCGCCCAGCAGAAGCUCUCCUCUCACUACAACCUGCACAGCCUGUACGGCCUGCAUGAGGCAAGGGCCACCUCCAGUGCUCUGACACGGCUCCUGGGGAAGCGGCCCUUUGUCAUCUCACGCUCAUCCUUCCCGGGUCAGGGACAGUACUCUGGACACUGGCUCGGAGACAACCGCAGUAACUGGAAGGACAUGACCGCCUCCAUCGCAGGGAUCCUGAACUUUAACCUGCUGGGAGUGCCCCUGGUGGGGGCAGACGUGUGUGGCUUCAGUGAGCAGACAGACGAGGAGCUGUGUGUACGCUGGACUCAGCUCGGAGCUUUCUACCCCUUUUCCCGCAACCACAACGCCCUGGACAGCGCGGCACAGGACCCCUCAGCCUUCAGCCCCUCUGCUCGCGCUGCCAUGACAUCAGCCCUGCUCCUGAGAUACUCCCUGUUCCCUCUGCUCUACACACUGUUCCACCAGGCCCAUGCGUAUGGAGACACCGUGGCCCGUCCACUUCUGUUUGAGUUCAGCCAUGACCCGCGUACGUAUGGGAUUGACCUUCAGUUCCUGUGGGGGCGGGGCUUACUGGUCACCCCGGUGCUACUUCCUGGUGUGGACUCUGUGCAGGGGUACUUCCCGGCCGGGCGCUGGUACGAUUAUUACACGGGGGACAGCUUCCUCAGUGCUGGAGAGGACAUGAGUCUGUCUGCUCCUCUGGACAAGAUCAACCUCCACCUGAGAGAGGGCACCAUCACCCCCACACAGAGGCCUAACGUGACGCUGUGGGUGAGCAGUGGACAGCCCCUCCACCUGCUCUGUGCUCUGUCUGAGGACGGGGACGCCUCUGGAGAACUGUUCUGGGACGACGGGGAGAGCCUGGACACCUAUGAAAACCAGCUGUACGCCUAUGUACUAUUCAAUGUGAACAAGAAUGUGCUGCGCUCUGCGGUGGUGCAUGCUCACGUGGAGGCCUCUUACAUCACAGUAGAAUCAUCUUCAUUCUACGGGGUCCAGUCCAGACCCGAGCAGGUCCUGGUCAACGGGCUGGAGGCCGCCUUCUCUUACAAGGACAACAAGGUUCUGACUGUAGUAGAUCUGGGACUGAACCUCAACCAGAACUUCACCAUCAGCUGGAGCUAACCAGAGACCACAUUUGCACACACUGAUCACAACCAGCCUGAAGGGGGCGCUCUACACUGUACCAUACCAUACCAUCAGCUGGAGCUAACCACUGGAGGACAACACACACAGCUGAAACCCACGAAUAGACACACACACACACACACACACUGCCAUGGACACAGCCAGCCAGGAGGGGGCGCUCUUACACUGUCACAUAAGUUUGACAUACUUAAAGUGCAUAUGACAGGUUAGAGUACUUUUUUACUAAAACACGGGUCACAUCACUAAUGUUAAGAUUUUAAUCCAAAUUUUACCUUGUUUUAUCCAUUUUAUUUUUUUCAUUCCGGUGAAGGUUAAUAAUUUUACUUCCUGGUUGGGCACGGGCAGCAGAUGUGACGUACGCAGAGGUAAUUGCAUAACUGUUAUCUAGCAACCAUAAUGUAAACGUGGGCCAAACUUGUCUAAAUUCCACCAUUGUUAUUUUUAGACAAAUAAAAAUAACCAACAAGAUGUUUAUUUGGUUAAAUGAAAGUUUAAUCUGUCAGAAAAAUGCUUUAUUUGUGUGUAAAUCGUUCCUGGAUUUGGCUGGAGGUUGAUGGCUUGGGUAGAGGGAUUCUGUUUUAAAAGUCAGAGCUACUUCCUGUAUUUUUGUACUUUUCGUCUCAGAUUAUUUGUCUACAAACUGCCGCAACACUAAUGUAAAAUGAUAAAUAUUAAUCACAGGAACUAUCCCACUAAACGAAGUCAGAAUUAGAAAAACAUGAAAACCUGUCGUAUACACUUUAAAGGUCCGAUAUUACUCAAAAUUGACUCUCGUGAGCUUUAAUCCAUGUUUUAAUGUUACCUCAUCAAAACACACAUGAAGUUGUGUUUUGUUUCAUUCACACGUUUUUGGUAACCCUUGAUUAUUAGUCCGUCUACAUCUCCAAAGCUCAAAAUGCUCUGUUCCACCUCGUGAUGUCAUGUAGUGGUAGUUUUCAAGCUAGUAUCUACCUUUUUACCUUUUCAAUCUCAGUAGAAAUUGGCAAUUCCAGGUCUAAAUGAUCCAAAUGAUUCUAGUGAAGCUGUAGGGAGUUUAUUAACACAGUGGAGCACUUCCUGUAUCACCACAUGACAUCACAAUUGUUUACAGUUUGAGAGGAGAAGUCAGUCUAAAUAUGCAGGUUUUUUGUUUCAUUCACGCAUGUUUAAUACACACACAACUCCAGGUAUGUUUGCGAUGAGGAAACAACAUUAUAACAGAUCAGAAAAUGGAGUAAUAUGGGCUCUGAUUGCUGUUUUUAAUUUUGCUGAUAAGUGCAAUAUACCAAAAUGUGCAAAUGUUAAGUUUGUUUGAUUUAAGUUCGCACUGAUCACACAUGUAGCUUUAAAUGUCCCAGAGUCCCAACCCUGUGUGAGGAGGGCCCCGUGUCGUCAAUGUGAAGCUUUGAGUCUUAUUUUUACAAGUGGGACUUAUUUUCUGAAUGAUUUAUGAGUGAGGAGACACUGCUGCUGCUUAAAAUGCCUUUGUAAAGAUCCGUGUUUUUCAGUGUGUGGGAUGCAUGUCUUAGUACGACUCACGUUUGAAGCCUUUGUGUUGCUGUUGAUUUACUGAAACGUUGAAGUUUUAAUUUAUGUCUGAAAUAAAGAUUUAAUUUUUAACA